UUCCUUCGUCCUGCCACAAACAACGUGCUGGACCUUACCCAUUGAAUUUUGUCCAUUCUCCUCUUUACUUGUCGUCGACCGCCGCUUUGGCACCUGGGAGAUCAUCCAAUCUACGCCGCAUCCAUAUCCGGUUUUGUUCCUUCGAAUAAUAUCCCACUCGUAGUCGAUAUGUCCCACUCGUGUCCAAACUGCCAUAUGACAUGCGAUGGAUCCUCCUCAUUCCAUCUUGCCCCAGAUCCGUCCAUCAUCGCCCUUUUGCAUAGCAAUCAACCCCCAUCAGCAUCGAUGGAAGCCACUUUAAGGGCGGGAUCUAACAGGAUUUCAGAGCUUGAUUCCCUGAUACCAGAGCUGGAGAGAAAAUUGAAAUCUCUUGUGCAGGAGCGCAAUCUGCUUGAGUGGAUGACGAGGCACUCAAGAAUAAUCCUUAAUCCCGUCCGACGUCUUCCUGAAGGCGUGUUACACAAAAUCUUCCGACAUUGUGUCUCCGACUCAACGACGAGUCGCAGUUCCUUCCACCCAGAUUCACAUCCAUGGAUACUUGUUAAUGUGUGCAGAAUGUGGCGGCAGACUGCGUUAUCAUUUCCGCUGCUGUGGACGCAGGUACACUUUAACAUGUCUAUGAUACCCAAGUCCGUUCGCGCCCGAGGACGGCUGUCAAAGGAGUCACCUCAUGAUGAUUUUAUUUCAUAUGAGUACUUCAUGAAGAGAUUCCAUCUUCAACUACAGCGAUCUGCUGGCAUUCCCCUUGACAUCUCGUUUAUCUGUGAUGUCAAUAUGACGAACGACGAAUCCUCGGUCACCUCACUCUGCAACGACCCUGUGACGAAUGAAGGAAUAUCAUAUCUCUGGCCUUUCAUUUCCUCUUCCUAUCGAUGGAAACGAUUAUUAAUCAGUCUCUCAGGCCUUACGCUGGAACCGUUUUCCUUCAUUCAGCACUCCAUAUCUGCUCUCGAGACCCUGGAGAUCGUUGAAGGGCUAACAACAUCUUCUUACCAUCAAGUGCAACUUCUAUCAGCUACCAAUCUUCGAAACCUCAUCAUCAACAAUGUCGAUGAUAAUUCUUGUUGGCAGGAUCUGCAGCUGCCAUGGUCGAAGUUGACUACCUUAACGCUGCGAGGGAUUACUACAUCUCAUCUAAACGCAUCGCAGAUAGUCCAGGUUCUUUGCCGGAUGUCCUCCCUCGAAUCAUUGUCAUUUACGUCACAAAUUUCUUCUUGGGAUGCACGCAAGUAUCCACAUGCAACUCCUGUCAUUUUGCCCAAGAUCACUCGGUUGUCCUACAUCAUAGUACAGUCGUUUACCGGGGAGACAAUCCUUGGUUCCCAGUCUUUCGAUGGCAUAUUGUCGCUCGUCGUCUUGCCAUCGUUGAAGCAACUGAAUAUAUUAUACAAGGACAGUCAUUAUACAACAGAUGCGAACGAUGGCAUAGUUUCCAUGUUGCGACGGUCAAGCUGUGCUCUGAAGACUCUCAAUUUCUCGUGGGGUCCAAUGAUUUGUGAUCCGCUGCACUUGCUCCAAUGUGGUAGUUGUUCAUCGCUCGAGGAGAUCUCCAUAUUUUGGGUCCCAGUUGACUCUAUUAGAGAUAUCAUUUCGCACCUUCAUGCCAACGACCAUAUUCGAGAUCUUUCGCAUGCUGUCGCCUCAGAGAGUGUUGCAUUAUUUCUCCCUGGGCUACGCUCUAUGGAGAUAGAUCUAUCUUCUCCGAGUCUCAGUGCGGAAGAAAAUGAGUCGGUUGAGAAUUGCAUUAUGCUAUUUUUGGAGUCUCGCGAAGCGGGCGGAGCUGCCCUAGAGCGUUUGUAUAUCCACGUUCAAAUGGAAUACGUUAUGUCGGAGUCCUUCGAAAGGCGUCUCCUUGCCUUACGUGAGAGGGGUCUCCGAUUUUACAUGUCUCGCUAUGAUCACAAUGAUCCUCGAUCCUUUUAGUUAUGAACAAGUUACGACUUCAGAUGAUCUGUAGAUAGGCUGCUAGCAUUUGUUCUUUAUGUGAAUAAUAGCUCACUGGACAUGCGAUAUUUAAAAGGCCGCUAAAUACAGAUCUAGAGACAGUUAAUUAUCGGCUAUCAGCAUUGGUGGGGAAUUAGACU